AGAGGGAGUGAGAUAGAGCGAGAGAGCGCGCGGAGUCCGAGUCUCGCGCUAGAGCUAUACGGUGAAGUGCGUACUAGCGCGCGCGUGUGCCUACGUGUGUAUGUGUGUGUGCGGGUGGGAGCGAGCGCGAGACCGCCGCCUUCUGCACUCGCGCGCGCGGCUUAGGCUCGCUUCUGCCGCUGCUGCUGCUGUUUGGGAUAUUUAGUGCCGCGUCUUCUUCUUCAUCAUCUUCUUCUUCUUCAUCUUCCUCCUCCUGCGACCGUGCCGUUCACGGCUCUCGCGCGGGAUUUUGACAGCGCGCCGUUUCUGGCUUUUUUUUUUACCGGAGGGGAGGACUUAUCCACGAGCGCCGAGGGAGCGAGAGCCGCAGCACAGGUCCAUAAUGCGUCCGGACCCGAGAGAAGCCUGAACACCGAUUAGCUGCAAGUACUUGACUGAGACCUUCUUCCCCGUGGUAUCAUCAGGACAAUGGCUUCCCACGACAGAAAACUGAACUGUCUAAUUGUUUCUUGCUGCUUCUCUGUCCUGCUGCUCCCCCUGUCAGCCUCUAGGAUACAGCAGCCUUCCGCUGCAUCUAAAGUAGACGAGGACUACAGAACAUUUCGUGCAGAGAAUGGAGAAUGGACCUUUAACCACCUGGCGGUGGACCACCGAAAUGGGAAUGUGUACCUUGGUGCGGUGAACCGCAUCUACAAACUGUCACCAAGUCUGGAAGUGCAGGUGUCGCACCAGACCGGGCCGGACGAGGACAACCGCAACUGCUACCCACCACGCAUCGUGCAGCCCUGCAGUGAGCCGCUCACACUCACCAACAACGUCAACAAGAUGUUGCUGAUGGACUACCGGGAGAACCGACUCUUGGCCUGCGGAAGCCUCUACCAGGGCAUCUGUAAGCUGCUGCGCCUGGAUGACCUCUUUAAGCUUGGAGAACCUUUCCACAAGAAAGAGCACUACCUCUCGGGAGUCAACGAGAGUGGCUCAGUCUUUGGUGUCAUUGUGUCCUACGGUGAUGCCUCGCCCGACAAGCUCUUUGUGGCCACAGCGGUGGAUGGGAGGCCUGAGUACUUCCCAACAAUCUCCAGCCGCAAGCUGGCCCGCAACUCGGAGGAGGACGGCAUGUUCGCUUAUGUUUUUCACGACGAGUUUGUGGCUUCUAUGAUCAAGAUCCCUUCGGACACCUUCACUGUGGUGCCAGACUUCGACAUCUACUACAUCUACGGCUUUGGAAGCGGCAACUUCGUCUACUUCCUCACACUGCAGCCAGAAAUGGGUGGCGGCCCGGCAGCAGGCUCGUCCUCGGCUGGCCGAGAGCAGGUGUACACCUCCAAGCUGGUACGCCUCUGCAAGGACGACACAGCCUUCAACUCUUACGUGGAGGUCCCACUGGGCUGUGUGAAGGGUGGUGUGGAGUAUCGCCUCUUGCAGGCCGCCUACCUGUCCAAAGCAGGCGCCAUCCUGGCCCAGUCACUGAAGGUCGGGCCAGACGAUGAUGUCCUCUACGCUGUGUUCUCUAAAGGCCAGAAGCGGCGGCCUAAGGAAACAUCCCAGGAAUCGGCCUUGUGCGUGUUCUCCUUGAAGGAGAUCAAUGAGCGAAUUAAAGACAGGCUACAGUCCUGUUACAAAGGCGAAGGCACGCUGGAUCUGGCCUGGCUCAAAGUGAAGGAUAUUCCUUGUAGCAGUGCGCUCCUGACCAUCGACGACAACUUCUGCGGAUUGGAUAUGAACGCCCCUCUGGGGGUUUCCGAGAUGGUGCGUGGAAUUCCACUGUUCUCAGAGUCCAAUGACAAAAUGACCUCCGUCAUUGCCUACGUCUACAAGAACCACUCGCUGGCCUUCGUGGGCACCAAGAGUGGACGGCUGAAGAAGAUUCGGGUGGAUGGGACGGCUCAUGGCGCUUUGCAGUACGAGACGGUGCAGGUGGUGGAGAACGGGCCGAUCCUGCGGGACAUGGCCUUCUCAGCAGAUCAGCACUUCCUGUACGUGAUGUCGGAGACCCAGCUCACGCGUGUUCCAGUAGAGGCCUGUGAGCAGUACUCGUCAUGCAAUGAGUGUCUGGGCUCCGGGGACCCACACUGCGGAUGGUGUGUGCUGCACAGCAUGUGCACCAGGAAGGAGAGGUGCGAGAGGUCGUCCGAGCCGCGCCGCUUCGCCUCGAACAUCAAGCAGUGUGUGAGACUGAGCGUCCACCCCAGCAACAUCUCCGUGUCCCAGUACAGCGUCACGCUCGUCUUGGAAGCCCACAAUGUUCCCGAACUGUCUGCUGGUGUGAACUGCACUUUUGAGGACCUGGCUGAAAUGGACGGGCUGGUGGAGGGAAAUCGCAUCACCUGCAGCUCCCCUGCCGAGAAGGAGGUGCCGCGCAUCGUUGUAGACCAAGGUGAUCACCAGAUUGUCCAGCUCUACCUCAAGUCCAAGGAGACGGGCUUGGCUUUUGCCAACACAAGCUUUGUCUUCUACAACUGUAGUGUCCAUAAAUCGUGUCUUUCCUGUGUUGGAAGUCCAUACCAAUGCCACUGGUGCAAGUACCGCCAUACCUGCACCCACGACCCCCGCAGCUGCUCCUUCCAAGAAGGCCGGGUCAAGCAACCUGAGGAGUGUCCUCAGCUGCUGCCCGCUGACCGCAUCCUGGUUCCUGUGAAUGUGGUGAAGCCCAUCACACUGAGGGCCAAGAACCUACCCCAGCCGCAGUCGGGCCAGCGUGGGUACGAGUGCGUGCUGACCAUCCAGGGCGUGGAGCAGAGAGUCCCUGCCCUCCGUUUCAACAGCUCCAGCGUGCAGUGCCAGAACACAUCGUACUCAUAUGAUGGGAUGGAAAUGAGCAGUCUCCCUGUGGAUCUGACAGUCAUCUGGAACGGAGACUUCAGCAUUGACAAUCCGACCCAAAACAAAGUGCAUCUGUAUAAGUGCGACGCCAGGCGGGAGAGCUGCGGCCUGUGUCUGAAAGCGGACCCCCUGUUUGGCUGUGUGUGGUGCAAAGCGGAGAAGAGAUGCAUGCUGAAGCAGCACUGUCCCCACCCGCAGAGCAUGUGGCUGGAACACAACGGCAUCAACAGCAAGUGCACACACCCCAGGAUCACCAAGAUCACCCCCCUGCGAGGACCGCGGGAAGGGGGCACGCUGGUGACGAUCCGGGGGGAGAACCUGGGCCUGGAGUUCCACGAGAUCCAGGGCAACGUGAAGGUGGCGGAGGUGGAGUGUACGCCCGUCCCAGAGGGAUACAUCCCUGCAGAACAGAUCGUGUGUGAGAUGGGUAAAGCGGAGAAGAGCCAGUACGCUGGAAACGUCCAAGUGUGUGUAGGAGAGUGUCAGCCAGAGUUCAUGGCCAAGACAUCAAAGUACUACUAUUUUGUGGUACCCAAAUUGAUGUCCCUGAAGCCCAACCGGGGACCCGUGUCCGGGGGCACCAUCGUCAACAUCACGGGCAGCAACCUGGAUGCCGGAAGCAACGUGUCCAUCAUGUUCAAGGACCAGAAGUGCACCUAUCACAGGAGAGGAGGUCUGUGGAUCACGUGCCGUUCUCACGCAUCCACGCAAGGCUACGGCAACGUGACUGUGUCUGUAUACGUGGACAAAGCCCACAUCCAGAAGGACCUCAGGUUUGAGUACGUGGAGGACCCCACUAUAACCAAACUGGAGCCAGAGUGGAGCAUUUUCAGUGGAAAUACACCAGUGACAGUGACGGGCACCAACCUGGACAUCAUCCAGAGCCCUCAAAUCAGAGCCAAGUACAGCAACCAGGAGACGACCAACACUUGCCAGGUGUUGAGUGCCACCACCAUGCUGUGCCAGGCCCCAGCGCUGCCAGGCAGCUUGAACAGGGAGGAGGUGGUGGAGAAACCAGAUGAGUUUGGCUUCAUCUUGGACAACGUACAGGCUGUGCUGGCCCUCAAGAACAUCAACUUCCUCUACUACCCCAACCCAGUGUUCGAGCCCCUCAGUGCAUCUGGGGUUCAGGAGCUCAAGCCUGGAUCUCCCAUCAUUCUGAAGGGCAGGAACUUCCUCCCCCCCACCCCCGGUGGUAACGGCAAGCUGAACUACACAGUUCUGAUCGGAGAAAAGCCCUGCACCUUAACCGUAUCUGACACCCAGCUGCUGUGCGAAUCGCCCACUCUAACUGGACGCCACAAGGUUCUGGCGCGUGUGGGUGGGAUCGAGUUUUCUCCAGGUGUGGUCCACAUCACCUCCGACAGUCCACUCAGCAGCACGGCCAUCAUCAGCAUCGCCGGCGCUGGAGGCCUCCUCAUCCUCUUCAUCGUCAUUGUCCUCAUCGCCUACAAACGCAAGUCCCGCGAGAGUGACCUGACCCUCAAGCGCCUGCAGAUGCAGAUGGAUAACCUGGAGUCCAGAGUGGCGCUGGAAUGUAAAGAAGCCUUUGCGGAGCUACAGACUGAUAUUAAUGAGCUGACCAGUGACCUGGACGGAGCGGGCAUCCCUUUCUUGGACUACAGAACCUAUACCAUGCGUGUGCUCUUCCCUGGAAUUGAGGAGCACCCAGUGCUCAGAGACCUGGAGGUGCCAGGCUACAGACAGGAACAGGUGGAGAAGGGUCUGAAGCUCUUCGGCCAGCUGAUCAACAACAAGGUGUUCCUGCUGUCCUUCAUCCGCACGCUGGAGUCUCAGAGAGGUUUCUCCAUGAGGGACCGCGGAAACGUGGCCUCUCUCAUCAUGACCGUGCUGCAGAGCAAGCUAGAGUACGCCACUGACGUGCUCAAACACCUGCUGUCUGACCUUAUAGACAAGAACCUGGAGAGCAAGAACCACCCAAAACUGCUGCUCAGAAGGACGGAGUCUGUGGCGGAGAAAAUGCUGACGAAUUGGUUCACGUUUCUUCUCUACAAGUUCCUAAAGGAAUGUGCUGGAGAGCCUCUGUUCUCCCUCUUCUGUGCCAUCAAGCAGCAGAUGGAGAAAGGCCCCAUCGACUCCAUCACAGGAGAAGCACGCUAUUCUCUCAGCGAGGACAAGCUCAUCAGACAGCAGAUCGACUACAAGACGCUGGUGGUGAACUGCAUUCACCCAGACAAUGAGAAGAGCCCAGAGAUUCAGGUGAAGGUGCUGAACUGUGACACCAUCAGUCAAGUGAAAGAAAAGAUCUUAGAUGCCAUCUACAAGAACGUUCCUUACUCCCACCGCCAGAAAGCCUCUGAUAUGGACCUGGAGUGGCGUCAGGGCAGAGGUGUCCGGAUCAUUCUGCAGGACGAGGACAUGACCACAAAGAUUGAGAGUGACUGGAAGAGGCUCAACAUGUUGUCCCAUUACCAGGUGCCUGAUAAUGCUGUAGUGGCUCUUGUACCAAAGCAGGUCACUGCCUACAACUCGGUCAACAACUCCACUGUCUCCAGGGCAUCCGCUAGCAAAUAUGAAAAUAUGAUCAAAUACACGGGCAGCCCGGACAGCCUUCGCUCUCGCACACCCAUGAUCACGCCCGACCUGGAAAGCGGGGUCAAGGUGUGGCACUUGGUGAAGAAUCACGAGCACGGAGACCAGAAAGAGGGUGACCGCGGGAGUAAGAUGGUCUCCGAGAUCUACCUGACCAGACUGCUAGCCACCAAGGGCACGCUGCAGAAGUUUGUAGAUGACCUGUUUGAGACCAUCUUCAGCACAGCGCAUAGAGGAAGCGCCCUCCCCCUCGCCAUCAAGUACAUGUUCGAUUUCCUGGACGAGCAGGCCGACAAACACGGCAUCCACGACCCUCACGUCCGACACACGUGGAAGAGCAACUGCCUACCUCUGAGGUUUUGGGUGAACGUGAUUAAGAACCCCCAGUUCGUGUUCGACAUCCAUAAGAGCAGCAUCACGGACGCGUGUUUGUCCGUAGUGGCGCAGACCUUCAUGGACUCCUGCUCUACGUCUGAGCACCGCCUGGGCAAGGACUCACCCUCCAACAAGCUGCUGUACGCCAAGGACAUCCCCAGCUACAAGAGCUGGGUGGAGAGAUACUACUCCGACAUCAGUAAGAUGCCUGCCAUCAGCGACCAGGAUAUGAACGCUUACCUGGCCGAGCAGUCCCGUAUGCACAUGAACGAGUUCAACACCAUGAGCUCCCUCAGCGAGAUCUACUCCUACGUGGGAAAAUAUGCAGAGGAGAUUGUGUGCGCGCUGGAGCAGGAUGACGGUGCCAGGAAACAGAGACUGGCCUUGAAGCUGGAACAGGUGGUCGCCUUCAUGAGCCUGGAGAGCUGAGGACCUCGUCUCCCAGAGCGCACUGGGAGAUCCAUCAGAAACCGAGCCGUGCCUGAGCGAAUACCUGUCCAUCUAUCUCAUCUCUUCUGUUUUCGCGACCCACUUCCUUUUAUCUUCCCGCAAAAAAAACAAAACAAAAAAAAACAACCAAGAACCUGCAUCGCAUUAGCUCUGCUUACUAGAAGAGUAGAGAAGGAGCCAUGGAGCUGGAGACCACUACAUUACCCAUGAUGCAAUGGGAGGGGAGGGGGAUUGGCUCCUGGCCCCUGGUGGAGAGAGGUGGCUGCCUGCAAAACUCCACCUCUGCCUCGCUGGCAUCCUCUGUCCUUCUUCCCCUUGAAAAGAAAUGAAAAAGAACAAAAAAAAACUGUUACAUUUAUGUUGCCUUCAAAAUAUAGCUGUUAAGCAAAGUGUUUCAAACCACAAUGUUGGGUGUCGAUUUUGUUCUGACUUUUAUGACUAGGGUAGUGUCUGACGCUACUGUAGAGUCCAGUCAAUUGUAGUACCAAAACACAGAGAGAAUAUGCUGUUGGUACUGCACGGUUAGCAGGAUUGCAGACCAGAUGGGUCACGGAGAAAAAAACAAACAAAAAAAACUUGAAACCCAAGAAGAUUUGUGUAGAGUUUACAAGACAGAGGUCUCUAUGUUCUACAUAUCUGAGCGCAUUGAGAUAGAACAGUGAUGCAGUGAAUGUCUCUCUCUGCUGUCAUAUGGAAACUGGGGGCAACGCGUGUUUAAACCACUAAGGUUCUCGGUGCGAGAAGGGCGGCGCUUUCGGCCUCUCCUGACUCGUGCGGGACCUAAAUGACUGUGAAACUUUUGAGUGUAACUUUCUGGCAUUCCUGCCAUUCUCCUGAGAACAUUCUAGCAUUCGUCCAGCUUCAACACAUUACCGAACUGAACCAUCUACCAUGACGAGCAGAAGAAAAGCCUCCAGCAUAAGCACACAUACACACACGUACACAAACCUGCAGUCCGCGGCAAGCAGAGACCUUCAUCGCCUCACUCUCCGCAAGCCUGGCCCUCUCAGAGGGCUUUCUGAGUGAGGAAGAAGGUCAUUCUCCUGUUAGUUACAAAAAAAAGCACAUAUUCUGUAGCUGCCUCAGAUUUCUACCCUGGACUAGAGCUAGUCACUUAUAGAAGAUUGGAUUCCUGCUCUAGGAGGACAUGAUCAAAGUGUGUGUGUAUGAAAGGGAGAGAGAGAUAAGAGACAGAGAAUGCAGUCAUAGUCGUUCACUGCCACAGUCUGCAAUUACACAAAACACUCUGGAAGACUAGAAAGAUCCACAUAAAUUUGGUCAGCAGAAAAACCAAAAGAGCUUGAUUUAAAUAAACAGACAGCAAGGAGAUAUUAAAGGCUGACAAGAAAAGAACCCGCCACCCAGAUUCCAGACUGAAAGAGAAAAGAUGACCACUAAUUGACCCGGCAGAACGAAGGGCGUGCAACCAAAGGUCUGUCUGCCAUCUGCCAUUUGAUCCUUCAAGCAGCACAGAGCCUCUAGUCACCCUCCUGGAUGAGACUGAAGUUUUUCUUUGCACACGGUGGAGUCCCUGUGAGGAAACCCUGACCCUGAGAAUAAGGGCUCGCUCCUGCUUAAGUGUACAGUCCGUUUGAGGCGUUCUCAUGGCUUGGCCGUUUCUCAACACCCGACGCUUCUAGGUCCUCGGCGUGGUUGCGGUUGUCGUCUGGGGCGAAUCUUAAAGCUUUUAGGGUCCCCACAUAACAACCUCGGCCACGCAGCGACUCACAACUGCCGGCUGUAACCUCAACAAAGGGACAGAGACCAUCGACCUGCCCUGUUGUCCUUCCUUUGACCUUUCUUUUGCCUUGACAGAGUGCUCCAAUGUGGUGAUUUGAAUGUGCGGGGAGACCAGCCAUGGUCCACCUUGGGUACUUUAUUGGCUUUUUAAGCGCAUGUACUUCAAUUUAAACUUCAUAAAAAAGAAAAAAAGGAAAA